GUGUGCGUGUGCUGUCAGUUUAUCUUGCGUAGUGCAGCUGCUGCUGUGUUUCUGAUGGAGGAUUUAGUUUGACAGAAAGAAAUGUGAACAGUUUCUAUGAGAGGACGACAUCUGCUAGAAAGACGUCACUAUGUAUCUUUCAAAUCUGAUUUUAAUGAUAAGAAGAUAGUAACCACCCCGGACCCGCCAUGGUGCCCUCUGUGACUGCUGUCAGAUCUGGGGUCGACUGACCGGACCCGGGUUGAGUGAUAAUGAGUUUGUGUGGAAGACCGUCGAUCUGGGACCCACAGAAAGGAAAUGGUUCACAGCAGUCGCUGAAAAGGGGAUUUAUGCGCGAUUUGGGUGUCUUAGGGGCAGAUCCUCUCUGUACAGAACUCAUCCCUAUGUUAUGGAAGAUUAUGUGAAGUUCAACUGACUGAAGACGAAAAAAGUAGCGGAAUUUCAUGUACAACUGAAAACGAAAAUGGAUGUUGUGGUUCAGUUUUAUUAUUUUAUUUUAUGAAAAGAAUAUGAAAUCAUCUGGCCGUGAAGUUUAUGGUUACAAUGAUAAUAAGUUGAAGUGUAUGAAACUGAGCUUUACGAUGACGCAGUAUUCCUGUGAUGAGCACAUGUGAAUAAAUAGUAGCUGCCUUAUUGUAGCCUUCAGCAAAUCAAACGUUUUGUGGGAAGACGAACCCCGGUGUGUGAGGUUCAACCCCUGAGGUGGCGACCCCUUUUUCCGUGUGAAAGAUUCUUGACCCUGCAGCCUGCGUAAGUUAGCAGCUGGGUCGGGUCAUCGCCAUGACCUCUACCAUCCGGGGUUAUUUAACCCUGCGGCGGGGCACCUACAAGAAGAAAAAGGACCGCUUAGGAGUGGGCCAGCUCUUCGAUGGCGCCACCAUCUCCAACGUCACUCUCGUCUCCCACAGGCUGUCCAAGUCCUUCUUGGAUCUCAGGGACAUCGACCAUGAGGCUUUCAGUGGACAAGCCCUUAAAGAUGAGAUGGCAGAAGUCACCGCCGAGAUGGAGGCCCUUGAUACGGGGGAAGACAGUAAGAACAACCCGAAGAGUAAACAGAUGAGCAUUGGUCGUAAGAAGUUCAAUAUGGAUCCCAAGAAAGGUAUUGAAUACCUUAUUGAUCAUGGCCUCCUCAGAAACACACCUGAAGAUAUUGCCCAGUUCUUGCACAAAGGGGAGGGUCUAAACAAAACAGCAAUUGGAGACUACCUUGGGGAACGAAAUGAAUUUAACCAGUCAGUGUUAGAUGCUUUCGUUUGUCUCCAUGAUUUUACAGAUCUCAUUCUCGUUCAGGCAUUAAGACAGUUUCUAUGGAGUUUCCGUUUGCCAGGAGAGGCUCAGAAAAUUGAUCGCAUGAUGGAAAGAUUUGCUCAUCGUUACUGUGAAUUAAACCCCUCAAUCUUUCAGCACCCUGACACAUGCUUUGUGUUGUCAUUUGCUAUAAUUAUGUUGAAUACAUCAUUACAUAACCCAGCUGUAAAAGACAAACAGACAAUUGAACAGUUCAUAGCAAUGAAUCGUGGUAUUGAUAAUGGUGAUGAUCUUCCAAGGGAAUUGUUGGAGAGUUUAUAUGACAGUAUCAAAACAGAACCAUUUAAGAUCCCUGAAGAUGACGGGAACGAUCUGAUGCAUACAUUCUUCAAUCCUGACCGUGAAGGAUGGCUUAUGAAGCAAGGUGGCCGUUACAAAUCAUGGAAAAGAAGAUGGUUCAUUUUAAAUGAUAAUUGCUUGUAUUAUUUUGAAUAUACCACUGACAAAGAGCCAAGAGGAAUAAUUCCAUUAGAAAACAUCGAAGUUCGAGAGGUACAAGAUCGUAAUAAACCAAAUUGCUUUGAGUUGUACGCAACUUCUACAGACUUCAUCAAAGCAUGUAAGACAGACAGUGAGGGAAAGGUAGUUGAGGGAAAGCACACUGUCUAUAGAAUGUCUGCUGCAACCCCAGAUGAAAAGGAGGAAUGGAUUAAAUGUAUUAGGCAAAGUAUCAGUCAUAAUCCAUUUUAUGAUAUGCUGGCUAAGAGAAAGAAGAACAUCCAGAAGAACAGCAGUCGAUAAACACAAGAUUUGUUGCUUAGUGAUGAAUAUAGUACUAAACACUUGAGUUGACUAUGUAGUGAUUAGUGAACAAAUUCAGGAAUUGUGGUAGUGACACUACUUUACUUUGGCAACUACUUUCCAGUAAGACAGUGUAUACAAUUUGUUGUACCUGGUGUCUGUGAAUAUGUUGGAGCUUAAAAACUCAAACUACUUAAGAUUUGGAAGCCACAUAUGUUAAAAUGUGUAAAAUAUGUAUAGUUACAACUGUUCUUCUGUGUGUAAUCCUGCUUGAUGGUGGUGAUGACCAACCUCAGGAGCAUUGGGACGUAACGAUGUAUAUAUAAAUUAUGUGUCAGAUGUGACAAAAAACAUUGUAUUUUAAAAUGGAAUAUUUUAUUUGUAAUUCUUCUGUAAUGUCUUUUGGCUUUGCAGGUGUCUUGUAAUUAUGUAAAUACUUAAUCUGUAUAUGUAUAUGGCUUGCUAUGGCAUGUAAAUGUGAGAUGUUGUGAAUUUAGAAAUGUGAAAAUAUGUUUUGUUUGCUGUUUGUACUUCUCAAGAGAAUAUCAGGAGAGUGAAAGAAUAGUCACAGACAUUGUAAAAUACUGUAUGUCUUUUAGGCACACGUUAUAUCUUGAUACAGUAACUGAUAUCAAUUUGGCAUUGGUAUUUACAAUAUGUCUUAAUUUCAGGUUCAAGCACACUGUGCUGUAAUUUGGUACUUUGGAAUUUGGUGAUGAAAGAACAACUGGCUCACUGUAAGCAUAUUAACAAAGUCUGGAGAAAACUUCUUUAACCAAGCUCCAAAAUGAGGGCUACAGGAUAAUUGUUUGUUAAUUUUAUUUUUUUAAUGGAAGUUGUACGUACAGAUGAAUCCUGUCGCAAAUUUUUUACAGUAUUUUUUGAAUUAAUAUUUUAGAUUACAUAAAUACAGUAAAUAAAUAAGUGGAUAUUAUCACACAUUAUUUACUUUUUAAUAAUAUUUACAUAUGUGAUUAGGUUAUAUUCGCUGAGUUGGACCAAAGAAUUAUUUACAAUUUGCAGAACCACUCUUGUUAAAACCACAGUAUUUCCUGAUAUCAGCUGUAUGUGAUUAUAUGUCAAUUAUUGUAGCAUGAAAAAAAUUGAUCUCAAAUAAUUUAUCUACUUUCACAGAACUACUUGGCAGGGUAUGUUUAGGGGCUCUUGAGAUCCUAAUUUUAAGUAGACACAGAGUAUUCAAAUAUUAUUACAAAUAUAUUUGUGAGUAAUGCUAUAUACUAUUCUCACCCAAGAUAAAAUUCUUCUUGUUUUCAUGCAAUUGGUACGUAUUGCAUUUUUUGUGUUUAGUUUUGAAAGGUUUUCACAAAAUUCACUAAACCCUCAACUUUUUAUUUUAAAGUGUCAUUACGUCUACCAAAGAGUGUUUGUUUAUUAGGAUUCAGCAUCAGUCCGCUCGGAAAUUAGCCUUUAUUUUUCCUUGUGAUGAUUAACUACCGAGUAACACUAUAGUUUAUUUAUAUUCUUGCCUCUGUUCUUUUCCAUUCAUACAUAUGUUUGUUAUAAUUUGUACUAAGUAAAGGAUUUAUUUUCUUUGCCAUUACAGUACUGCUGCAGAAUUCCUUAUAUUUGAUUAUGUACAGUCUUGUAAGGGAAAUCCUGUUGUAAAUAUUUCUGUAGUACUUUAUAUAAUUGUAAUUAAUAAAGGGAAGAAUUUC